UUUGGUUUCUAUUCAAAAUUCACUCAAUCCCAAAAUUUUGGCUUUUCAUCUCGUAACUUUAUUCCAAUUCAACAAAAUCUUAAAGAUGUUCAGUCGCUUCUUUUCGCAAAAUAUUCUACGUACACCAUUCUUAAGUGAAAUGCUGUCUAAAAUUUCGAUAGUCGCAUAUACACGUCGAAAGAACUGUAUGUUUAGUGAAAUUCCUCAAUUAACUGCUAAAUGUAAUAUGGUUCAAAGUCUUAAGCCUGUACUGAAGAAAACUGUACCCAAGUUCUUAUUAACUUCAGGAAGCAUGGAGAAUUUCCCUACUGGUAUCCCUCAGGAAUCACGUAAUUACAUGAGGCAAUCACGAAUAAAGAAUUCAGCUGCUCGUGUUUGGAAGAGUGACUAUAUACGAGUAAAUACAAAAUCCAUUGGCGUUAUCGAACAGCUCAACCGGAUCGAAAAGUUGCCUGCAAUUUUUGCGUAUCUCAAAAUCCCUAUUGCCAGAGCUUGGAGAAUGGACGAUAUGCGAGUAAUGGCAAGGCCUCUUUCUGAGUAUGAUCAAACACCAGACGUUUGUAUUACGUUGAUAGAAAAAAGAGAAUGAAGAAGCGAAAGUCGAAAUCAUAACUCUAUGAAAAAUAAGAACAUCUACAGUGGAAUUAUAUGAUAUUAAGUUUCGAGUUGAGAGUUAAUUCAAAUCGAAACUUAAUUUCAUUACUAUUUACCCUACAUUUUUGGAAUAAAAAAAAUUUUGUGUAUUUCCGUAGCAUGUUUAAAGGAAGUUGGAUUAUUAAACUUGAAGUUACAAAAACAAUAAAUUAAAGAAUUUA